UAUAUGUACAUAUAAUUGUGCAUGUGUGCAUACAUACAUAUGUAGAUACCGAAUCGUAUGUCUGUGGUGUUGUUUGCAGUACACCGCGUGCGGGUAUUGCAAAUCUUUGUAAUUAUUUUGUAUGAUCGUCAAAUGGACGACGACUAGCCCCCCACCGUCAAUAUUGUGGACACUGCCCAUCUAAGCUGCCUUAGUAAUGAACUUUAGCGUGCCUUAGUGUUGCGUGUGUGAAGAAAUCAACUAAACGUAUGUAUGUAAGAACGUGAAUACAGACAUGAACUUUUUGCUAUAGAGUGAUAGCAACUCACUUUUAUUUAUGUCUCGAAAAGUGAAUAUGAAAAAAUGUGUAAAGAAAUGUGCUCCGGUGUUAUUUUAAUCCGUGCAUAUCUUCAAAUAAACGUAACAAAACCUAACCGGUUGCAAUUGUCCAAUAUUAAAAGUCCGAAUUCAGUGUAAAACAAAAACAUAAAAAUAAAUAAAUGUUCAACUUCACAACUGUGUUGGAGAAAAUUUGUGAAUAUGAAACUAUUUCAUUUGUGAAUAAGUUAUAAAUCGUCUGAUCUCAUUGUUCCAGCCACAAAAAAUGAACAGAAAAUACAGUGGAAUCAAAAUCGCUAUCAAAAAUAAAGGCUACAGUAAAUUAAAGCCAAAAGAACGGGCGCAAUUCAGCACAUACAUACAUACAUAUUUAUAAUUUAUACAACUAAGCUAAUUAAUUUUCAGUUCGAAUUUCUGCACAGCGCACAAAAUAAACAAAUUGUCUAAAUACAGCGCCGGUCAACUAAUUAGCAACGCAACAAAUUUUCGCUGUCAAUAUUAAAUUGUCUGUUUUCAGUUUCGAUGACACUGUGGAGCAGCAGCCUCAGAGUAUAACGAAAAUGAUGAUGCAAAAUUCAGUUACCAAACGUAAAACGUUGAUCUUUGCCAUUUUUGGCAUCGCUUUGGGACUUUGCAUUGGCACUGUUCUCAAGAAUUAUCGCGCACUUGAGAUCGUCAAGCGUUGCAGCAUGAAACCGAGUAAUCAGCAGUCACCAUUUGAAAUCAUCGGCAUGAAUCCAGAGGAGGAAACGAUAAAAACCUCUCAGCGAAAUCUUGUAUUUGUCGGCGUUAUGACGGCGAAAAAUUUCAUCGAAGGACGUGCCCGUGCUGUUUACGACACUUGGGGCAAAGAGGUGCCUGGUCGAAUAGCGUUCUUCAGUUCGGAAAAUUCUUACUCGAAAGAAAUGCCAGUGAUCGGGUUGAAAAAUGUAGACGAUCGAUAUCCGCCACAAAAGAAAUCAUUUAUGAUGCUCUAUUAUAUGUAUGAACAUUUCAUCGAUAAAUUUGAGUGGUUCAUACGCGCCGACGAUGAUGUAUACAUCGAACCAGAGAAAUUGGAACGCUUUCUACGUUCGAUCGACAGUUCGAAACCACAAUUUAUAGGUCAAGCUGGUAAGGGCAAUAGCGAAGAGUUUGGGCUGCUAUCGCUGGAGUUUGAUGAAAAUUUUUGUAUGGGAGGGCCUGGUGUAAUAUUGAGCAGUGAGACAUUGCGUAGAGUGGCACCACAUAUACCGACUUGCUUAAAAAAUCUGUAUAGCACACACGAAGAUGUUGAGGUGGGGCGUUGCGUGCAAAAAUUUGCUGGCAUACCAUGCACUUGGAAUUAUGAGAUGCAGUAUAUUUUAAGGCACAACUCAAGCGGUCCGUACGCAUUCACUGGUAAAUUGAAACGCAAAGAAAUUCACAACGCUAUAUCCCUUCAUCCGAUCAAGCAAGCUCCACUGAUGUAUCGUCUGCAUUCAUUCGUACAGGGUCUCAAAGCUGAAGAAAUGCGACAAGAGUCCCUCGAGCUACAUCGUGAUAUCAAACGCAUGGCCAGCUUUUUGGAGAUACCCAAUGACAGUAAAUAUUUAGUGCCAGGUAUCGAAUUGAUACCCGAAAAAACAAACAGCGAUCAACACUACGAAGAUCACAAUAUUUUAGGCAUUACACCGGAUCUGAAAAAGUUCACGCCUUCAUCAACUGCCGAUCUACUUGAAUGGUCGUUCAUUGCGCGAAGUCUCUAUUCCAGUGAAAAUGCAAAUCCAAAGCACAAAAUCGAUUCAGCGUUGCGCGAAGGUCUCGAAGAUGUCAUCACAGAAGUAAUGGAGAAUAUAAACAAUUAUUCCCGACAAAGGGGACGUGUUAUCGAAUUCCGGGAACUCCUCUACGGCUACAAUAGGUUGAAUCCCUUGCAUGGACAGGAUUUAAUACUAGACUUAUUGUUGAUUUAUAAACGAUAUCGCGGCAAAAAGAUGACUGUACCGGUGCGUCGCCAUUUGUAUGUGCAGCGGGCUUUUACGGGUACUUUUGUAAAGGAAUUCAGCGAGGACUUUUACAAUGUCACCCUACAGAAAAACUAUCUGAAUGACAUGCUGAAGUCUGGUAUGGAACGAAUUUCAAAGCACUUUACCCUACCUGGUUUGCCGAUCGCUCCCGAAACUUCGAAAAUCGUAUUUGUGCUGCCCAUCGCCGGACGUUAUGCCACAUUCAAGCGCUUUUUAGACUCCUACGAGCGUGUAGCAAUAGAGCAGGACACCAAUUGCGAUUUACUGGUAGUUAUUUUUGGCAACAACACCAGCGUGCAAGGUCACUUGCAACUCUUGCUUAAUCUGCGCCAGCGUCACGUUUACGAACACAUAAACUAUAUACAAAGGAAUGAAGAAUUUUCUCGGGGCGUGGCCUUGGAUGUGGCCGCGCGUUCAUCUUACAUACAAGACAACGACAUAAUGCUCUUCAUCGAUGUGGAUAUGGUAUUUCAAUUGGAAACAUUGCAGCGAAUACGGCUUAACACUGUGCAAGGGCGGCAAGUAUAUUUACCAAUCGUGUUCAGUCAAUACGAUCCCAAAAGACGUUGGAGUGGUGAAAACGUGGAGAAUGCAUUUACACCUGCUGAACAAAUUUCUAAUGCAUCUGGGUACUUUCGGCAAUUUGGUUACGGCAUUUGCGCUAUCUAUAAAUCGGACAUACUUGACAAGGACAUAAAUGGCUUGGAUAAAGAUAUUACCGGAUGGGGAUUGGAGGAUGUAAAAUUCUUAGAUAAAAUCGUUAAGGUUGGUAACCGGCGAAAUGAUUUCCUUGUCAACACUGCCGAGGUACCAACUCAGUACAAUGAAGCAGCGCAAAAAAUGCGGCGACUUAGUAUAUUCCGAGCUCCAGACCCCUCAUUAGUACAUAUAUUCCACGAUAUCAGUUGCGAUGUCAAACUUGAUGCUCCACAAUACAAUAUGUGCCUAGGAACGAAGGCAAACUCACUGGGCAGCACCCAAUUUAUGGAGCAAUUAUUUUACAGCAAUAAAGAAAAUAUAAACUUCAUUUUAGAAAUGAAUCGCAGGAAAGAGCAAAGAUGAAAUGCUACAUGUGUACAUUUAUAUAUUCCACUGCAGAUUACAUAUUCGGAACAACAACGUUCAAAACAUUCAACAAUUUAUAGGUUAGGUUAGGUUUUUGUGGCAGUCGGCUUAGAAUAGCCAACUCACUUAGACGAUGUAGGUCCGUUGUGUGUAACAAGGGAACCUUACUGCUUACUUUCAUGGAACCAGUUAGACUCUCUUAUGAAGCGUAGGAUAGAUUUUAUCCCUACACCGGAUAGUUUAAUUUAGCAUUUAAAAAGCAGUAAUGCCAACGUAAUAAAACAAUUUCAACAACUUUGGCAGUUUUUGCUUUUAACAUAGAUCUUUCCUACACAAUUUUAAUGCUUUGCCGAAAAAAUCUUUAUUUAUGUCCUCAUUUUAUUUAUCACAAAGAUUUAUCAUAUAAAAGUAACAAAUUGUUUGAAUGUUUACGAUUUAUGUAUGUACGCGAGUUGUUUGGCAAUGCAGCCGAAGUGUGAAAUCAUAGCCGAAUAUACUCGUAAAUAAAUCCGACUCGUUCCUGUAACAUUAACUAGAUCGCGUAGGGAACGGUGUGUAUUUGUUGUAGUUUUUAAGGUAUACUAUGCUUUAGAUAUUAUAUCAAUUUUGUAAAAAUCUGUGUAUGUAUGUACAUAUUUUAGUAUUUCUGACGCUCAUAAAGUAUCAAAUGGCAGAGCUUUAAUUAAAUAUAAAAUAGGAAAAUUCAA